CCCGGCCGUGCACGGAGCGGUGCCCGCGGUGGCCGCCCCGUCCCGCCCGGACCUGCGGCUCCCCCCGCGCCGCCGCCGUGCCCGGCAGCCACCGGCAUUUCCCUCCUCCAUUUUAGACUCGGCUCCUCGGCCCCGCGCUCCGAGCCCACCGCGGAACUUGGCCCGGCGCAGCAGGGGAUGCUGUAAGCAGGUGAAGGAUGGACUGACAGAGCCCCAGCAGGCCCACCCAAGGCUGAGGGGCUCAGCCUGCAGGGAAGGAGCCAGUUUUGGACACAAACAUCGCUCAGGCUGCGGCGAGGGGAGAGGAGCUGAGAGGAGCUGCCGCGGAUCGAACCCGCUCCUGGAGGGGAAAAUGCCGCUUCGGUUUGGUGUCUAAUUAGAUAUUUACCAGGAAGGAAGGAAAGAUAUAAAUAGGGUGACAGUGACUUCAAAGGGUGUUUUUUGACUUCUAAGAAUAACACCUUUGCUGGCGCCGCUUUCGGGAAUAUCGGCUGUGCCGGGGUGUGAAAGGCGGAGGAGGUGUCGCAGCUCGGUCGGCAGCCAAGGGAGCAAACCCAGACCCCAGCCCCGCUCCCAACCCAGACCCCAGCCCUGCUCCAGCCCCACAGAGCAGUUGAGGAGGGACAGAGCCCCUGGAAAGCUCAGCUGCAUCCACAGGGACACAGCAGGGGCAGUUUGGGGAAGACCAGCGGUGCUGCAGCGCGGGCAGGAGGGGACGUGUGGCACCAUGGGGACCCCACCCCUGUCCCCGUGGGCAGUGCUGGUGCCCACCCUGGUGCUGGUGGGACUCUGGGCUCCCUGUGUGGUGAGCAGACAGCCCAACUUCAUCGUCAUCCUGGCUGAUGAUGUGGGCUGGGGGGAUCUGGGCGCCAACUGGGCAGAGACGAAGGAGACGCCGCAUUUGGAUCAGUUGGCUGCUGAAGGAACAAGGUUUGUGGAUUUCCACUCAGCUGCCUCCACGUGCUCCCCGUCCCGCGCCUCGCUGCUCACGGGGCGCCUGGGGCUGCGCAACGGGGUCACCCACAACUUCGCCAUCUCCUCUCUCGGGGGCCUCCCCCGCAACGAGACCACCCUGGCCGAGGUCCUGAGGGAGGCUGGCUACAGCACAGGGGCCAUAGGCAAGUGGCACCUGGGACACCACGGCCACCAUCACCCCACCUCCCGUGGCUUCGACUACUACUAUGGGAUCCCCUACAGCCACGACAUGGGCUGCACAGACACCCCUGGCUACAACCUGCCCCCCUGCCCGCCCUGCCCAGGGCACAGCGCCGCUGCCAGCAGGGUGAUGAGGAAGGACUGUUACACAGAGGUUGCCCUGCCUCUCAUGGAGAACAUCACCAUCGUCCAGCAGCCCGUGGAGCUCGGCAGCCUGGCCAGGCGCUACGCAGAGGAGGCAGAGAGGUUCAUCCAGAGGGCCAGUGCCAAAGGACAGCCCUUCUUCCUGUACCUGGCCCUGGCCCAUAUGCACGUCCCGCUGGUGCCCCCGCUGCCCCCCGGCCCGGGCAGGGGCAUCUACGGAGCGUCCCUGGGGGAGAUGGAUGCGCUGGUGGCACGGGUGAAGGAGGCAGCAGACAGCCUGGGCAGGGGCAGCACGCUGCUCUGGUUCACAGGUGACAAUGGCCCCUGGGCACAGAAGUGUGAGCUGGCAGGACGCCUGGGGCCAUUCGUGGGUGCCUGGCAGAGGCAGAGAGGUGGGAGCUCAGCCAAGCAAACCACCUGGGAAGGAGGGCACAGGGUGCCAGCCCUGGUGUACUGGCCUGGCCGUGUCCCUGCUGGGAGGACCAGCCAGGCUCUCCUCAGCAUCCUGGACAUCUUCCCCACGCUGGUGGCCCUGGCUGGGGCAGCACUGCCCCCAAACAGGCGCUUUGAUGGCUUGGAUGUGUCCCCAGUUCUCUUUGGCUGGUCGGAUGUGGGGCACAAGGUUCUGCUGCACCCCAACAGCGGCGCGGCGGGGAAGGUGGGCGAGGUCGAGGCGCUGCGGCUGCAUCAGUACAAGGCCUUCUACACCACAGGAGGGGCCUUGGCCUGUGAUGGCAGCACUGGGCCGGCACAGCAGCACCACCCACCCCUCAUUUUCAACCUGGCCCGUGACAUCCAGGAGCAGGAGCCUCUGGAUGUGGCCUCCAGGGAGUACCAGGCAGUGCUGCCUGCCAUCAGCAGGGCUUAUGCCCAAGCCCUGCAGGACAUUGCAGCAGACAAUGUCUCGGUUGCAGAUUAUUCCCAGGAUCCAGCUGCAAUUCCCUGCUGCAACGUGCAGCACGUGGGCUGCCGGUGCCACGGGGCCACGAGGGAUCCCCAUGUGGAAAGCACAACACCCUGGCUUUGUGUUUAAGCAAAUAAUUGCUCAGGCUGCUCCUUUCCCAAGGGUGGUGUCUGUGAAAUCCAGGCUGGAGGUGGGAUGGAGGCUGUGGUUCCCUUUGCUCCGUGCUGGGAGGAGGGAGGUGAGCUGGGUGUGGGGCUGGGGGAGCACACAGAGGGUCCCCUUUGAAGGCUUUUUGUAGGGCUCUGUAUCUGGGAAAGAGAGAACUCUUGGAUUAAAAUUACCUUCUGUG